AUGGACGCCGGCGGCACUAUUCGGCAUGCUUUUCUCGAUGCGGGUAACGAUGAGCUUAUUGCUUUCAUGGAAUGUAAUGAUGUGCCGGGUAUCCCCAACGAUUUUGACACGGGAUUAAAUCGUGGGCUGGGCAUUCAGGGUGGCGUUGUGCAUUUUGCGUUUCGUGUUGACGAUGAAGAAGAGUUGUCCAGCAAACGGGAAGAACUGGUGGCAAAAGGCGUGACUGUGACUGACGUUGUUGAUCACGGUUGGUGUCAGUCGAUCUAUUUUCGCGACCCGAACCAGCUGCAACUUGAGUUCUGUUGUCUGUCACGCGAGUUUGGCGACGAUUUGCUUGCGGAUCGAACCAGCGCUGGAUGGCAGGCGCAUAUCCAUCACGCCUACUUCCUUGGCUUGCAGUUGAUGAUUGCGACGCGCAAAGGGCCGCAAGUCAUGGAGAAGUGGAUGUUCAAUCUGUUUCGCCGCCAGCAUCUGGAUAAAUUUUUAUCGAGCUUUGACAAGCUGGGGCUUUCAGAUCUGCCCAACGCCGUGGCGUGCGCCAAGUACCAUGUCUUAUCUAACAACAUAGGUGGUGUGGGCGUUGAAUACAUGGCUGAGUCCGACCGCAAAGCCUGGGUGCGCUUUCGUUACCCACGCUGGAUGUACGCUGGUCCUGCCAUUUGUGGUGUGCCGGUAGAAGUCAGUCGAGGCUUUCUUAACGGCUGGUAUGCCUACAAUGGCGUGUCCCUCGGUAAUCCGCGUCUUGGAUUUGUCUGCGUCUCCGAAGAUAUGACGGGGGAGUAUGGUUUAUGCGGGUAUUUCUACGAAUAUGAUCAUGACCUGGCACCCCAUGAGCGCCUGCAAUUUGCCAAAGAUGAACAACCGCCUGCCUAUCUGCCCGAAGAUCAACCCGAGCCGCCGGGUGAUCAGUGGAAUACGCUGCGCCUCGAAAAAGCCAAUCGAAACUAUGCCAUGGAAUAUGUGCGCAAUGGACUUUGUGAACUGCGAUUGGUGAUGGGUGAUAACGAAACGUUAAAGUUGGGCAGUCUGGCUGCUCGGCUUAUCGGACUGCAGUAUUUUCAGGAAACGCUCAGCAUGAUUGGCGCGCAGGACGGUGAUCUGAAGGCGGCUGGACACUACUUGAGUAGAAUGUUGACCGGUAUGGGUGAUGACGUUCAACUCGUUAAAUCAGACCUGCAAACUGAUAGGUUCGAGGUAAGGCAAAAAGAUCUGCGCAUCGUGCGGGGCCUGCAAGGCGAAGAGCGAUCGAUGGUGCUGGCCUGCUGGAUUGAACUAUGGCGCGGCACGCUCGCUUCCCAGCAGCAACAGAAAAGUGCUGAUGUGCAGAUAAACGAAGACAGUCUGAUCUGGAGCAUCAACAGCUGA